GCAUCUGGAUCUUGAUCUGAGUUAGGAGUUUGGAGUAAUGGUGGGUUCAGGGUUUCAGAGGCUCCGGAAAUCACCAUGGGAGAUCCUAUCUUCCGCGAUCUUUUCUUCUAUCCUUGUCGUGUCGUCUCAGUUGGCACUUGCCAUGGUUCCUCACUUCUUCCCCUCCUUUUCUCUUGUCUCUAUGCUUCCGAUUGCAGGUGUGGUUUUUGUUGCGACUGUUGUGAUCGGUAGAUGGUGUCGGCGGCUCCUUGGCGUACCUGCAUCUGCUCCGGCUUUUGUUCUCUUCAAUGUAUUUUUUCUUUGGGGAGUGUACAUUUGCAUUAUACGGCAAGCUGUUCCUUCUUUGUUGGAUGCAAUUCUUAAUGCUGAGUGUGCUCUGCUAUUAUUUGGACUUUAUAGGAUUUUUUCUAGCGAUCCGGGAAUGGUUUCAUAUGACUCUUCGCGUUCAACAGAAGCCAGUUGCAAUGGUUUCUCCGAUUUCAGCCAGUGUGAGAACUCUUCACUGUUUCCAAGGGUAAGAUACUGCACUAGCUGCAAGACAAAUAUUAGAGGAUUUGAUCACCACUGUCCUGCUUUGGGAAAUUGCAUAGGUCAGAAAAAUCACCGGCUGUUUAUGGUCCUUCUAACUGGAUUUGUUAUUGCUGAGUCUUCCUAUACCAUGUGUUCAACUCGAUAUAUCACAAGAUUCCUGAAUACUUCAAGAGUAGGAUUAGAGGCUAACCUCUCCCUUAACAUGGUCAUCAGCACAAUGCUAUUCUCUAUCCUCCAGGUGCUAUGGCAGGUGGUUUUCUUGAUGUGGCACCUUUAUUGCAUCUGCUUCAACAUCAAAACAGAGGAAUGGAUAAAUUGGCGGAAGUAUCCCGAAUUCCAGCUUAACAUUCCAGCUCCAGCUCAACAAGGGAGUGCAUUCUCCGAAAUCAGGUUUUUUAAUCCCUAUGAUAAAGGUUUUGUCGGCAACAUAAAAGAGUUCUUGAAACCUAAACACUAGAUACCGAUUUUCAGAACUAGACCGAGGCCGAGGUGUUAUUUGCGAGGGCUCUUAAGGAGAUUUUGUUUUGGGUGGAAAGUAAAAGUAAACCGGUUUUUUCUAAUUGUACGUAGAAUCAACUGACUCAUGGCAUCUAUCUGCGAGAAAAGGUCAUCAGAAAGGAAAGGCGUGGCAUGCGACCUUUCAAACUCACCUCACCUCAGGUUUGAUGACAAUGAGCUUGCGCUCGAGCAGAGCAAAAGCUUUUUCACUCUAUGAGCCUGUUUGGUUGAAAUAAUUUUUUGCGUUACAGCAUUUGUUGUGCCUGAUUCCUAGUUUCGUGAAAAACCUGGAUUUGCUUAGUUGUGAUCAAAACCACCGUUGGCAAGUGAAACCAUCUGAUUGAUUGAGAUCAUUUCGUUUCUGCUAUUUAGUUGAGAGUGAUUGAGAUCACUUCGUUUCUGCUAUUUAGUUGAGAGCAGCAUGGUUACCUGCCUAUAUUGUUUAUUUGUUGCUACCUGCAACGUAAGUGUUACAAAACUCUAGAAUCUUUAUGCAUGAUUAGUCAUUAAUUGGA